UUCUCAGAAUUUUUGAGUUAAAUUCCAUUAAUUUUUCUCUCUCUCUUUCUCACUAAUUCCAUUCUCGCUUAGCUUCUAAUACGAAUUCCUUCCUUCCCUCUCCAUUAUUUGAGUUUAUUUCACCGCCUUAAUUCUCUAUCUUCCCUCCCUCUUCGUCCUCCUUUUUGCUAGAAAUGAUUGAAAUAACUCUUCAACAACCAUUUGAAAAUAUGUUAUUGCACAUAGAGUUUCAGAAUCAUGCCGUUGAUUUCAAAAUCUAAGGCGGUAUACUAAACAAGUCUUUCUCUUGCUUGGGGUGUGAUCAGUAUCUUCCCUAAAUCUAUCACAUUAUAUAUCAUAUACUAUUUUGUGGCUGGUUAUAUAUCUUAUGCUUCUCUAGUUCGUAAUCUCUCUUAAUAUAGCCAUCCUCUAUUCUAUACAAGUUCUUGAGUCUUGGUAACAGGCAAGCAUAGGGGAAGAUCCUGUGCAGACUUGAAAUAUCUGGUUCGGAAUAACUCAUUGCGGAUAAAAUUUUGAGGUGUGUAUCGCGUAGACUUGUAGUUUGUACCAGUCAAUUGCCAAAAAAAAAUAAAAAAAAAAUCGAUUAUGUUUCAUGAAAGAAAAUGCUGGCUAACUGGGUGCAUACACGUAGCAUGUCUCUGUUGCAACUUGCAAGUUGAUUUAAUGAUAGAAUAAGACACAAGCAUAGUGCACAGCCAUUAAACGUUAAUAAGCAAACGAAAAAUCAUUUUAAUAACUUACCACAUCAACACAUGGUAACACCGCUCUUGAUUUCAUUUUCAAAUAUACGGAUAUAUAAUUGAGCUUAAAUUUCUUUCAUAAAAUUAUCUCGUAUAUAUACAUAUAAAAAUAAGGUUUAUAAUACAUAUAAAGAUAUGUACGUUUAUGUUUUUUUUUUUUCUUUACAUGAUGACCCACAAAAAUUUUAUAUAUAUAUUGGAAAAAUAAUUUUAUCUUCUAUGACAUAAAAAAUAUGAAACCCAUAAAAAUAUUUGGGGUUAACGUAGGGUUCAUAUAAGAAAAAGAAAAAGAAAAAGAAGGAGAAAAACUAAUCCUACAUAUUUUUAUGAGAAAUGUUACUCUCAUAUUACAUUAGAGUAGUUUUCUUAUGUUACAUAAAGAAGCCACGUGGGGCUCAUCAUUAAAGGAUAAAAAAAAAGUAGGUGAAAUUUUCGAAGUGAGAUAAUUACCUAAUGUAAAAUGAGAGUAGUAUUUUCCUAUUUUUAUACACGUAAAAGAUACUUUUAUCUCUUAUAUUAAAAUUUAAACCCAAUAUAAUUAUAUAUAUCCAAUAUUCUUGGAACGAUAAAACUUUUGAAACACUGUUACGAAAAUGCGAGGUAUUUUUAAUUCUUAAAUUAAAUAGGAUGUUGUUAAUAUAAUUCAUAAUUAAAAUAUUAAUUAGUAAAAUAAAUAUUAUUAACUAAUUAGACUAUGCUGGAUAACGUUAAUAAGCAAACGAAAAAUCAACCGUGGCUUCCAUUAAACGCCCCAACGACGAUGAUUAUUACACUCAAAGGAUUCGGGGAGCUCUGAAAAAUUAGUGAGAAUCUGACUGUUGAAAAACAUAAACGGUAAACAUAAGCCUAAACGGAGUGAACGUAAUUUCGCAAUUGCUAUUUUUUUGUUUUGUCGUUUUGCUUUUGGUGUUAAAAUGUAAUACUACGUAAUUCUGAAUACAACAACUUUGUUCAUAAUCAAAAUACUCAGUCCGCAAAAAAGAUUCGAUUCUAUGUUUGUUUUAGAGAAAUAUGGAGACUGAAAAUGCGAACUCAGCAACAUCACCAUCACAAGGCCAGCAGGUUCAGAUUGCUUCUGCUUCCCUUGAACUAACAACAUCAUCACCACAAGGCCAUGUUCUUCAGAUUGCUUCUGCACAAUUUCCACGCCCUUCCCUUCACCUAAUACAAGAUAGAAGGAUAUACUUGGACAAAUGUGUACCCCUUUAUAAGCUAGCACUGAACGGUGACUGGAAUGAAGCCAAGCAUAUGAUAGAUGCAGACAAUAGUCUACAGAACGCUGCUAUAACAAAGGAAUGCGGGACACUACUUCACGUAGCAGCAGGAGCAAACCAUGUUCACUUUGUGGAGGAGCUUAUUAAAUUGCUGAACCCUCAUGACCUUGAACUGCAAGACUACAAUGGAAACACAGCGUUUUGCUUUGCUGCUGCAACUGGAAACCUGAAAAUUGCUGCUAUAUUGAUCGAGAAAAAUGCAUACCUACCACGUAUCAGAGGUGGAGAAGAAAUGACUCCUCUUUACAUGGCUGUCUUGCAGGGAAGAUUUGACAUGGCUAGGUUUCUAUAUACUAAGACUACAGACAUAUUCGAAGAAGAGGACUGGAAUACACUGUUCUUCGUUUGUAUCAAGAAUGGUUUAUAUGAUUUAGCUUUGCAAAUGUUACAAAAACAGUCAAUGCUGGCGUUGGCCCGGAAUGAGAACAAUGAAACUGGCUUGCAUGUCUUGGCUCGAAAGCCUUCUGAUUGUCGAGGUCAAUGGUAUCUUCAAAACCAGGUCAUAAGCUCUGAUAUGAAGCAAACUCCAUACCUCCAACUUGUUGGGUGUCUCUGGAGCAUUCUUCUCAAUCAUGAUUACACCGAAACAGAGAUGAGCAGAUUCAUAAGUCAACCAUCACAAAUAACAUUUGAUGCUACAGAAGUUGGAAAUUUUCACUUUUUGGCCGAGCUUAUGAGGUCUUACCCUGAUUUAAUAUGGGAAGUGGAUGGCAGAAACCGAAGCAUAAUUCACAUUGCUGUUCUGCAUCGCCAUUCAAGCAUCUUCAGUCUAAGACAUGAACUAGGCUCCAUCAAAGAUUUGAUAGCAACUUUUGAGGAUGAUGAAGUAAACAAUAUAUUGCAUUGUGCUGCAAAAUUAGCACCUCCAUAUCAGCUUAACUUAAUUUCUGGAGCAGCUCUUCAAAUGACACAUGAAUUACUAUGGUUUGAGGAGGUGAAGAAACUAGUGCUGCCAUCAGAAAUAGAGAAGAAAAAUUCUAAUGGUAAAACUCCUCGUGAAUUAUUUGCCGAGGAACAUAAAGAAUUAUUGGCAAAGGCAGAGUCUUGGACAAAGAGCACAGCAAAUAAUUGUAUGCUUAUUUCAACACUCAUAGCCACUGGUGUGUUUACUGCGACAUUUACCAUACCCGGUGGCAACAAUAAAAAUACAGGAAAUCCUAACUAUAUGCAGAAACCAGCAUUCCUUAUAUUUGCAGUAUCAGAUGCAACUGCACUAAUCUCAUCUUCACUCUCCAUUCUAAUGUUCUUGUCUAUCCUCAUCUCAAGUUAUUCAGUGGAUGACCACUUCAAGUCACUGCCCUUCAAGUUGCUAUUUGGAUUGAUAGCGCAAUUCAUCUCCAUCACAAGCAUGAUGAUAGCAUUUAGUGUUUCCUUUUUCAUAACAUAUUAUCAUGGUUUAAUGUGGGUUCCAAAUUUUAUUUCUGUACUUGCAUUUCUGCCAAUACCUUUGUUCAAUUUUCUUCUAUUUCCACUUUGGGCAGAUAUUAUCCACUCAUCUUACUUUUGUAUGUCUCUAUUUCGGCCAAGAAAACAAAUGCUUUACUAGAAAAGCAAAGGCCGUGUAAAUUAUAGAUUUAUGUAGCCUAAUGUUGUGUAAUUGUUCUCGAUGUAAUGACUAAACAAGUUGAAAACGACUAGAUUCCUUUUUAACUCUUGGGGUGUGUUUGG